UCCCUACCGUGCBCACCACGGACGCCCCCCCACUGUCGUCGACCCACCGCUCGGCCGACAGCCGAUUACUGCGACUACAACUACAGCCGCCGAUAGAAACCACCGUAGUGCGCCAUCGGUCACACACACGCACACACACGGUACACCGACAUCGUUCGGACGGUGCGGGGCGGGAGGCGGUGAUAUUAAUCAGCGAUUAUUAAUUUAGUUUUKMUUUUUUAUUUUUCCCCCAUUCCGAUUUGUAUUUGUUUACUCGGUCGGCGACGUCUGAAAUCAAACCGCGUCCGUACGAUAACGCCGCUCGUGUAGUUUUAUCGUUUUUGUUCAGACAUUGUCCUAUGCAUGGCGUCGACUGCCUGAUUUUCCCGUUCGACCGUUUCGUCUAGAGACAACGUCAGCCAGAAAGUGUUUUGUUCCCGUCGAUCACCAUGCUACCUUCUGUGCCGUGCCGAUCUGGUCAUCUGUAGUCUCCGUCGACCGUCACUGUGAGAUUACCUAUAUAAUAUAAGUUAAAUUAACAAUUUUAAAUUGGCCUAUGAUAUCAACAAUUAAGAAUUAUUUAACUAAUAUGAAAACAAACAGAACAAAAUGACUUCAAGUGAUUUGGCUCAAAAACCAUUUUAUUGCCGCGAAUGGGUUUUCCAAAAAUUAUUACACUGCUUUGAUCAAAGAAGCAAUUGGAAAACAUGUGGAGCCCUUCUUGUUGGAGGUGCUGGAUGUGGAAAAACUUCACUGUGCUGUGAAAUUGUUCAUCCGUCUGGCAGACAACAACGUGCAUUAAACAGAAGACUAUUAGCUUAUCAUUUUUGUCAAGCUCAAAAUGUAAACACAUUAUCAGUUGCACAUUUUAUUCAAAGUUUGGUUUCUCAAUUAUCUGAUUCAUUGCCCAAAUCAUAUAAAGAAAGAUUAAAAUCUGAUCCAGCAAUACAAGAAUCUUUAUCUCCAAUCAAUAUAGUAAAAGAUGCGGAUGAUGCAUUUAAAAAAGCUGUUAUUUUUCCAAUAAAUGAUCUUGAACUACCAAAACAUACAAUGUUUCUUUUAGUUGAUUCAGUUGAUGAAGGAUUAUGUACAAAUGAUAGAUCUGAUCCAAAGUUUAAGAAUAAUUCAAGUAAAACCAUUACAGAGCUAUUAGCUACUCAUCAUCAUUUGUUUCCCCAAUGGUUGAUGCUUAUUUGUACWACACGUAGACAGAAUAAAAAUGUUGCUCGUAUGUUUUCUGGUUUUCGUAAAAUUUGCAUAGAUGAUCUCCGUAAAUCACAAGUCGUUAGAGAUAUACAGCAGUACAUAUUAAGCCGUUUGGAAUCAGAAGAAUCCUUACGUCAACACAUGAGUAGAGAUACAGCUGAAAUGUUAAAUCAAUUGCACAUAAAAAGUAAUGGUUGUUUUCUCUAUUUGGAAAGGGUAUUAGAUGGAAUAUCUGAUGGAUGUGUAGUCUUAAGGGAAAUAAAAGAUAUUCCUGGAACUCUUAAUGGACUGUAUUUAUGGUUUUGUCAAAGGCUUUUGAAUUCAAAACAUUUUUCAAAAGUGCGACCUUUGUUAAAUGUUAUCUUAGCAUCUCCAGAACCUUUAUCAGAAGAACAAUUAAGUAGUAUUAUACAUUCUGUAUACCAAUACAUGUCUGUUGAAGAAUUUCACAAAAGAUUUAGCUUAUUGAGAAGAAUAUUUUCAUUACCAAGAGAUUCAAAGAUAAUACAAUUUCAUCACAGUUUUGGAGAAUGGUUCCUAGAUGUCAAACAUUGCACUAGAAGGUUUUUGUGCUCUGCAAAUGAAGGGCAUGCUAUGAUUGCUUUUCAUUAUACACUUAGAUGUUCAAAACCCCCUGCACAUGACGAAGUCCAUAAAUUAGCUUAUCAUUUAUCAAGAGUUAACCCAUUACCAGUCUGGACAAACUUUUCUGACACAAAUUUACUGCCACUACUAUGGUUGAUUGAUACUGGAGCACUAAUUUCUGAAAGUUUGACUAUUCCUUGUUAUGAUAGAAAAGCUGUAAAUUUUUUGGAAGGAGCUAAUAAUUGUUUUCAAUCUGAUAUUGAUCUAAAAUCGAAUAAGUUUGAAACAAAUUUUGGAUUGGUAUCAUCACCAAAAUAUGAUAAAAAUCCAGUUAUUUAUUCAAAUACCUUAUUAUCUUCAAAUUUAUAUGAAGUAGAUAUUAAUGGCAGGAAUACUUUGCAUUUACUUGCAAUGGAUGGAAAUUUUAGCGUUCUUCAGGAGUUAUUAAAAACUCACUCAGAUGUAAAUUUAGAAGUGAAUGACAAUAAUGGACAAACACCUCUUAAUAUAGCUGCACGUCACGGUCAUCUUGAAGUUGUAGAGCUUUUAUUAAAAUAUAACUGUAAAAUAGAUCAUGCAGAUGUUGAAGGGUGGACUGCUUUAAGAGCUGCUGCAUGGGGUGGUCACUCACAAGUGGUAGAGUUAUUGCUUAAACAUGGGGCCGAUGUUGAAUGCUCUGAUUGUGAAGGACGUGGAGCAUUACGUGCUGCAGCUUGGGGAGGUCACAAUGAUGUUGUGAUAAAAUUACUAGAAGCUGGCGCAAACCCUAAUACUACUGAUGGCGAUGGUAGAACUCCAUUGAUUGCUGCAGCGUAUAUGGGCCAUGCGCAUAUUGUAGGAAGAUUACUGGACAAUGGGGCGAAUAUUAAUCAUCAAGAUAGUGAUGGCCGUACUGCUUUAAGUGUUGCUGCUUUAUGUGCACCUACUAAUGGUGGAUAUGCCAAGGUUGUCACUUUGCUGUUGGAAUCUGGAGCUUUUGUUGAUCAUGAAGAUAAAGAUGGAAUGACACCUUUACUUGUUGCUGCAUUCGAAGGCCAUAGAGAUGUUUGCGAAAUUUUAUUAGAAGCAGAGGCUGAUGUAGACCAUUGUGAUAAGUUAGGUAGAACACCUUUAUGGGCUGCUGCAUCAAUGGGACAUCCUGCUUGUGUUUCACUUUUGUUAUUUUGGGGUUGUUAUGUAGACAGCAUUGAUAAUGAAGGUCGUACUGUUCUCAGCGUUUCUGCAGCUCAAGGGAAUAAUGUUGUAGUGUCUCAACUGUUAGAUAGAGGUCUUGAUGAACAACAUAGAGACAACUCUGGUUGGACACCAUUGCAUUAUGCUGCAUUUGAAGGUCAUCAGGUUGUUUGCAGAACAUUGUUGGAGAGUGGAGCAAAAAUUGAUCAAACUGAUAAUGAUGGUAAGCCACCAUUAAUGUUAGCAGCUGAAGAAGGGCAUUCAGGUUUAGUAAGUGAAUUUUUAAAAAACUAUGGAGCCCCUCCAGAUCAGAAAGCUCAUGAUGGAAGAACUGCUUUAAGAUUAGCUGCAUUAGAAGGACAUAUUGAAGUAGUUAGAAGUCUUGUAGAUCAUGGAGUUGAUGUUAACAAAAAAGAUGCUGAUGGUCGAAGUACUCUUUAUGUCCUUGCUCUUGAAAAUCAUUUAGCAAUGGCUAAAUUUUUUAUUGACCCAGGUGGAGCAGACGUUGAAAGCACAGAUUCUGAAGGUCGUACUGCUUUGCAUGUUAGUUGUUGGCAAGGUCACUGUGAAAUGGUAUCCUUAUUGUUAAAACUUGGAAAAGCUAAYUUAAAUGCAACUGACAAUGAAAAUAGAACGCCUCUUCACUUGGCUGCAUGGCAAGGACAUUCUGUCAUCGUCCGAUUAUUAAUUGAACAUGGUGCUAGUGUUAAUCAUGCGUGCAAUCAAGGAGCAACAGCAUUGGGUAUUGCUUCUCAAGAAGGUAAUGAGACUUGUGUUCGAUUAUUGUUAAUGCAAGGUGCAAAUCCAUUAGUAUCUGACCAUUGUGGACGAAAUGCCAUAAAAAUUGCUGCAAAAAGUGGUCAUGACAAUAUUGUUAAACUACUUGAACAAUUUUGUCCUAUAAAAAACGAAAGUAAUGGAUUUAAUACAGCUAAUACCUCUUGUGGUUCUGGUUCAACAACUGAAACUAAACCAUCCUCUGCUAUAUUAGUUAAUCCAUUAUUAUCUUGCACUAAUCAUACUCCGAUCCAUGAUUCAUCGCCUAUUGAAUCACCAGAUUCAACAGCUAAACGAACAUCAUUUGUUUCAAACUAUAGCAAAUCAAGUUCUAAUUUAACUGAUAGUACUAAAAGUUCUCACCAAGAUUUGCCAACUCAAUUGACACCAUUGACAUUUACACAAAAAUUACAGCAAUGUAGUCGACGAAUCAAAUCGAGACCCACUUCUAAAGUUCUAAGUCCUUUGCAAAGUCCUAUUUAUGCAACACCACCUCACAGCCCUAAUUCAGAAGAACCAUCAGCUCCAAGCAUUCAAGUAUUGACGGAUGAUCAUUUUUCGCGUGACACUCAUAUGCGAAUUAUUCUUGGUAACAAGGCUGUGUUAAAAAAAUCAACUUCCGAUUCAAAUUACAACAAAAACUUGGGAAACGUCAAGCAAAAACGUAAUGGUAUUGUUACAAAUCCAGCAUUAAGAAUAAUGCCGGCUAUCCGUAAUGGUUUAGAAAUGGCUGCUGGGCGUAAAAAUAAAACACCUCAUUUGCCCACUGAUAGUUUUAAAUGGCGAAAAGAAACGCCAUUAUAAAUAUAUAGUUUAUGAUCCCAAGUGAGUUUAUUAAAGAGUAUUUAUUUUUAUUUUUUGUAAAAAAGGUUGCCAUUUUAUUUUAACUUCUAUAUAUAUUUUGAAAACUAACCUAGUAAUACAGUUAGAAACUACCAAUCAUCCUCUAGGCCUAAAUGAAUAAAAUAAAUGUAUUAAGCAAUAAUUUUACUUUAGAUAUAUAGAAAUUAUGUACAUUUUGUAUCAAGUUGAUCUAAUUUUUAUGAAAUAUAUUUUUAUAUCCUUCUUUCGUGCUCUUAAAAUGUUGUGGCCAAUAAAAUAUUAUUAUUAUCUUUUAAAUAUGAUUUUGUUACAAUAACUAAGUAUGUAUCACAUUCAUCCACUUGUAAGACAAUUAUUAUUUUGGUUGUACAGAGUAAUUUUAUAACUUGACAUUAGAAGGAAAAACGGAUUAAUUUGUGUAUUCUUAGUUGUAAGUAUGGUUUAAGAAUAAUUUUAUGUAUAGUGCAAUCUAAUUUUAGUAUUAGAUAAUGUUUCUCAGUGUGAUCAACUGAAGUAAGUUUAAACAUCGCCAAUCAUCCUAUAUACUUAAGUAAUUAUUUAUAAUGGUAUUUGUACCAUUUACUUAAAGUUAAAAUCUAUAGUGAUUGUGAUAGAACUGUAGAGCUGAACAUUUUUAAAUUAUAUAUAUAUUAAUUUUAGAGAAUACUUUUUGAAUUGUAUGAAUUUAAACAUUUGUAAUUAUUUAAUAUUCAUUCUAAAGUCCACAUUUAAAAUUAACGCAACAUAAAAAAUUGAGCAGAUCCAACCCUGUGUUUAAAUGAAUUCUCCUAUUAUCAAACUUUAGGUUAAGAACAUUACCUGUGUGGCUAAGUUAGUUUUUAUGCAAUUAAUUAGCAAUUUGAAAUUGUUAUACUUUACAUACUCAUAACCAGGACUCAGGACUUAAGAGGACGCCACACCCGCAUGUGUUGUCUCUGUCUUACAAACUUAUAACAUAACAAAAUCUGUUUAGCGCG